AUGUUCGUUUGGGUACAGGUGGAAGGCGCGGUGGCUGAAGAUGGAAAAGGACCCAUCAAUUGGGAUGUUUACACUAACAAAUACAGAGGGGAGCAAGACGAUUCAUCAUCUACGCAUAUUCGUCUUCGCGGUGCAAGCAUGCUUCGAGAAGACGUUGCAAUCAUGAAGAGUAUUGGGUUGCAGGCUUAUCGAUUUUCUCUCUCGUGGGAUGGAAUUUUACCAAAUGGAACAGUCGAAGGAGGUCCGAAUCAAGAAGGGAUCGAGUACUACAACAAUCUCAUCAACGAACUCCUAGUCAAUGGCGUCAAACCUUUUGUCACCAUUUUCCACUUCGAUCUCCCCGAAGCCCUCAAAAGAGAAUAUGUCGGCUUCCUUAGCCCUAAAGUUGUGAAAGACUUCGUUGCCUAUGCGGAUGUUUGUUUCAAGCACUUCGGGGAUCGAGUUCAACACUGGGUCACAAUCAACGAGCCUCUGUCGUACAGUUUGUUCGCCUAUGGCACGGGGAUGAUGGCACCUGGCCAGUGUUCAAAAUGGAUGAACUUGAACUGCACCGGGGGAGACUCAGCCACUGAGCCAUACAUAGUUGCACACAACCUCCUCCUUGCUCAUGCAACGACCGUAAAGUUGUACAGAGAGAAAUAUCAAGCAAUACAAAAGGGUAAGACUGGCACUGCCCACGUGUCGCAAUGGGGUAUUCCUCUCUCCGAUUCAAAGCAAGAUCACAAAGCUACACGACGGGGAAUGGAUUUCAUGCUCGGAUGGUUCAUGGAUCCAUUGGCCACAGGAAACUAUCCACGAUCGAUGAGAGCUAUCAUGAAGAAACAAUUGCCCAAAUUCUCAAAGGAGGAAUCCAAGAUGUUGAAAGGCUCCUUUGAUUUUGUGGGGUUGAACUACUAUACGACUUUCUAUGUUUCCAAUGCACCACCUUCCAAUCCUCUAUUCUCAAGCUCAACGACUGAUUCUCGAACCAAUGCUUCACCUGUGAAGAAUGGUGUCCCCAUCGGCCCAAAGGGAGGGCUAUCUUGGCAGUAUAUUUACCCCAAAGGAAUUAGAGAUGUUGUGCUCUACACAAAGAAGAAAUACAAUAACCCACUAAUUUACAUCACAGAAAAUGGCAUGGGCGAGGUCAACAACGAAACAUUAAGUCUCACGGAAGCUCUUAAUGAUACCUUGAGAGUGGACUUAUAUCGUCAGCAUCUCUCUUAUCGCAAUAGUGCAAUCAAGGAUGGUACAAGGGUGAAAGGGUAUUUUGCUUGGUCAUUGUUUGACAACUUUGAAUGGACGAUGGGCUACUCGGUUCGAUUUGGCAUUAAUUACGUGGACUACAAAAAUGGGCUUAAACGAUAUCCUAAGCAAUCUGCCCUUUGGUUUCAAAGAUUCCUGAAGAAUAAUGAUCAAUAA